UUAGAGCAGCAGUGUGCAGCAAAUAAAGGUAUAAAACUUGGCUAUUCACACCAUUCACCACAGUUCACCGUUUUGGCCAGCAAGUGGCAACGCUGCUCACUUAACAUAACCUCAAGUUAACAGCGCGCCUAACAGCGAACAAUAACAACAAUGAAUCAAUGUCUGCCUGUUAACGCAAAGAUGUCGAAGGCGAAGAAGGUUUUGGAUGAGGCGCGUGAGACGCAAAAUCGUGAAUUGGACCUCGUCGACAAGGGCCUGGUGUCCUUUGAGGAGCUGCCCGGCCUAUUCAACAUGUCCAAUAUCACACGUCUGACGCUGUCGCACAACAAGAUCAGCAUUAUUAGUCCCGGGAUUGCCAAUUUGCUGAAUCUGGAGAUACUGAACCUCUCCAAUAACCAGCUGAGCGAGCUGCCUGUUUCGCUCUCCUCGAUGCCCAAGCUGCGCAUCCUGAAUGUGUCCAUCAACAGGCUGGGCAGCCUGCCGCGUGGCUUUGGCGCCUUUCCCGUGCUGGAGGUGCUCGAUCUGUCCUACAACAAUCUGAACGAGCAGGUGCUGCCGGGCAAUUUCUUUGGAAUGGAAACGCUGCGCGCCUUGUAUCUGGGCGACAACGACUUCGAGUAUAUACCCAAGGAGCUGGGCCAGCUAAAGAAUCUGCAGAUACUGGGACUGCGAGACAACGAUCUUCUGGAGCUGCCACGCGAGGUGGGCGAUUUGGUGCGGCUGCGCGAGCUGCACAUUCAGAACAAUCGGCUGCAGGUGCUGCCGCCCGAGGUGGCACAGCUCGACCUGCUCAGCAACAAGUCGGUGAUGAAAAUGGAGGAGAAUCCCUGGGUGAAUCCCAUAGCUGAGCAAUAUCUGUUGGGCAUCAGUCAUGUGAUCGAGUAUCUCAAGACUGAAACCUAUAAGAUCAUCUACAAUCGCCACAUGCAGGGCGGACGCAGCGGCCCGCCGCCGCCGAAGGCUGACAAAAGCAAGAAGGCAUCCCGAGUGCGCGCAUAGUCACCAGCUGGAGGCUCUACUGUACUUGUGUUCGAAUUGUCAGGCUGCCACAGCGCAGCUAAAUGUGUGUUUUUUCGUCUUAACCAAAAAUAUAUGUUUUUUUAUACUAAUUUCUAAGUACUUGUAUUUAAAUAUUUAAUUUUGUAAAGUGCCUUAAAUGUUUGCUAACAAACGCGAAUAAUAAAAAGUCAAUAAUUAAAAAGCAUCUGUCAAAAACUUUAAGCAUAAACUAACUAUUUCAAAAUGUAUCAACUGGCAUUAAUAUAGGAUUAGCACAAGAUCGAAUAGCCUUACUUCAGAGGGGAUUCGAGUCAGCAAAAUCCAUUUAAAAUAUAUAUCAUCAAUUUUGUACUCACCUAGGUCUGCAUAAUAAACAAUUUAAAUAAACAUUACAUGGAAAAAUUGUUACACUAAAAA